UUUGAUAUUAAUUUUUCUAAUUUAUUAUUUAAUGACAAAUAAUAUUUCCUAAAUAAUUAUAACAAAAAUUAAGAAAAAUUUUAAUUUGAUUUUAUUGUAUGUUUAGACACAUAGGAAACAUUUUCAUCAGAUUGAAACUGAAUGAAAACGCAUAUAUCUUGUUUUAUUGUCAAUCAUUGAUAUCUAAUAUUUUAAUGCAUUUAAAUUAGCUCAUUUUUAAAAAAUAAUUUUAAAUAUAAGAUAAUAUUUGUAAUUGAUUAUUUAUAUAAUACAAUUAUAAUAAAUGUAUUAUAAUAAUUCAAAUAAAUUCAUUUUUACUUUAUUAUGAUAACAAUGAAUCAAAACGUCAUAUCCGGCGUAGAUGCCACAAUAAAAUUGAACAGAAUCAUGAUUGGUCCACAAUCAAGAUUAUCAAGAUCCAAGGCAAAGCAUGACAUAACAUCCUUUGGUUAUGUCAAAUGAGUUAUAUUAGUAUAAUUGCAUGUUCUCUUUUCAUUAUAAGUUAAAACAAGAUUUCUUCGAAUAGGCUAUAAAAAUAAUAUUCUUAAGUGAAAGAACUUAAUAAGAAUAUGAAUAAGUAAGCUUUGAACAUGGCGUUGAGAUCGAUCUGCCGGCUGUCAAUUGAUUCGACCUUCAGCCAUUUGAGCCAUUUGGGAGCCACCGCCCGGCCGAGACGAUCGUCUUUCGCAUUGCUCGUACGAAGUUUUGCCGUUAUUGCAGAAGAAAUGGGUUUGCCGCGAGUUUUCUUCGAUAUGACCGCGGAUACUAAGCCUGUGGGUCGUAUCGUAAUGGAGUUAAGGAGUGAUGUUGUUCCAAAAACUGCAGAAAAUUUCCGAGCCCUUUGUACUGGUGAGAAGGGUUUUGGUUAUAAAGGAAGCAGCUUCCAUAGAGUGAUCCCAAAUUUCAUGUGCCAAGGAGGUGAUUUUACCAACCAUAAUGGCACUGGUGGCAAAUCUAUUUAUGGUGUGAGAUUUGAUGAUGAGAAUUUCACAUUGAAACAUACCGAACCUGGUAUUCUUUCCAUGGCUAAUGCUGGUCCAAAUACUAAUGGUAGUCAGUUCUUCAUUACCAGUGCCAAAACAAGUUGGCUUGAUGGCAAACAUGUUGUAUUUGGAAAAGUUGUUGAAGGAAUGGAUGUUGUUAGAAAAGUAUGUUAUACAAAUAAUUAUAUUCUUAAUCUUUUGCCUUAUUUCAUACAAAUAUACAGAUAUUUAAAAAAUAUUUUAUCAUACGAUAAUUGAUAAUAUAUGAUAAUAGUUUAUAAAAUAUAAAUUAAAUUUUUAUUACUUCUAUUUUAAGAAUACUUUAAAAUAUAAAAUAUUUUAAUUUAUAAAUGAUUAAAUAAUUUAGUAUUAUCUUUUUUUUAAAAUAUAAUUUAAUAUUGUUUUUUUUUUGUUUUAGUUGGAGGCUAUGGGAUCUCAAAGUGGAAAAACUUCCAAAAAGAUUGUAAUAACUGACUGUGGAGAAAUGUAGAUUGUUCAAUUAGAUACUCUAAUGACUGCAUUUUUAUUUAGCUGUUGCAUACAACUGUUGCUAUCUUUAUUGUAUGAUUCAUUCAUUCUAAUCAUCGCCGCCAUUUUUCUUUAAUAUUAUGGAUUGAGUUUCAUAUAAAAGAAAAUACUGUAUAAUUUUUAAAUUAGAAUUAACAAAUCAGCUGCAUUGUACAAUCUUUCAUCAUAAAUAAUUGAAGUUGGAAUACGUAAUGAAAUAGAAUUUAUUAACAUGAAUUUUUGGUUUGUUUUUUUAUUGUAAAAAAUCGUUCAAUUUCUCAUUCAUCAUUACCUGCAAUAAGCAACAUAUUUCUUCUUCUAAUCAAAGUAAUAUAAAACAAAUGAACAAAAUUUAGAUCCAACAUUCUUCCAUGGAAUAUUUCUCCUUUAAUGAUAUUAAAUUAUAUAGCACACUAAAUGUGUAUAGAUGAAUCGUGCAUUUCAUAAAAUAAUUCUAUGUGUAUUCAUAUUUUAGUAUCUAAUCAGGAUAAAAUUCAUAAGCAAGAUCCAUAAUUAGUGUUACAUGAUUGCUGUACAAUGCAUUUAUCUGUGACGUUACGGAAUAUUUUAACUUUUCUAUUGUGCUUUUAUACUUAGACCCAUCAAAAUAAUGCUCAUGUUAUCUAGGGCAUUAUUCGUUUUUAUAUGUAUACACCAUUCCUUUUCUAAGCACACAAGAUAAUAGAGAUUUGAUUAGUGUAAACUGUAAUAUCAGAUAAUGCCUUUAGGUAAUUCCAUCUUAUUUUGAUGUAACACAAAUGUUGAAAGAUGUAGUUUCAACGGUCACAGUAAUUGGGAUUUCUAUAAAAUAAAAUUGUUUUCAGAACUAA